CUCUUCAAUUGCAUUUUGUUUUUCUGAGAGGGAGGGAGAGACAGAGGACGCCUUUCUCUCUCUAUAAACACGUACGCGAUAUAUAUAUAUAUAUAUAUAUAAAUUAGCUCUAUAUAUACAUACAUAUAUACGUACAUACAGGCGUUUGUUGAUAUACCGAAGAAACAAAGGUGUCAAACUUGUUCUGAUAAUUACAGCCAUGGCUGCCGAGACCUACACCGACAAAAACGCCGUUUUCCGCAAGCUCCGAGCGAAGUCCGAGAAUAAGAUGUGUUUCGAUUGCAACGCGAAGAACCCGACUUGGGCGUCUAUUACUUAUGGGAUCUUCCUAUGCAUUGAUUGUUCGGGGGUUCAUCGAAGCCUCGGCGUGCACAUCAGCUUCGUCAGGUCCACGAGUAUGGAUACAUGGACUCCUGAGCAGUUGAAAAUGAUGUGCUUUGGUGGAAAUAACCGUGCUCACGUUUUCUUCAAACAGCAUGGAUGGACUGAUGGAGGCAAGAUUGAGGCCAAGUAUACUUCAAGAGCUGCCGAGUUAUACAGGCAGUUACUUGCAAAAGAAGUUGCUAAAAGCAAUGCAGAAGAGGCAGGCCUACCUUCAUCACCUGUUGCUUCUCAGUCAUCGCGGCCUAAUGGAUUGUCUGAUAUUAACAUCACUGAAGACCCAAAAGAAGGUCCUCUGGAUGAUGUGCCAAAGGAAAGUUCUUUCGUCAAAAGUGGAGCCCCUGAGGUUUCUGGUUCACCAAGAGCCUCUCAAAAAGUUGCAUCUAUGACUGUGAAGAAGGCUCUUGGUGCCAAAAAACCUGGGAAGACAGGAGGUCUAGGUGCUAAAAAGCUUACUACCAAGUCUAGUGAAAGCUUGUAUGACCAGAAGCCUGAAGAGCCACCUGUACAAGUUUCUUCUGGCAACUCUUCAACCAAUAGCGCCCCUGCAGUUGGUUCAUCAUUUGCCUCUCGCUUUGAGUAUACAGAAAAUGGUCAACCUACUGAUACGAGUUCUGGAGGUGCUCGUGUUGUUACUCACGUAUCACCUCCAAAGGCAUCAGAUUUCUUUGCUGAAUAUGGCAUGGACAGCGGCUUCCCAAAGAAGAGUAGCUCAAGCUCGUCAAAAGUUCAAGUUGAGGAGACCGAUGAAGCAAGGAAGAAAUUUUCUAAUGCAAAAUCUAUAUCAUCAGCCCAGUUCUUUGGUGAUCAAAGCAAGUCUGGUGAUUUGGAGGCUUCAGUUUCCUUGCAAAAAUUCACAGGGUCAUCAUCUAUCUCUAGCGCUGAACUCUUUGGUCACAAUUCAAGUUCUUCUAUUGACCUCACAGCAAGUGAACUCAUUAAUAAGCUGUCUUUCCAGGCACAGCAGGAUAUCUCCUCUCUUAAGAAUAUUGCAGGAGAAACUGGGAAGAAGAUAAGCUCCCUUGCAUCCACUUUAUUAACAGAUCUUCAGGACAGAAUCCUCUGAUAGAAUAUAACUGUACUUUACAUGAAAACAAGGUUGUUGCCACCUGCCCCUAUUCUUAUGUAGUUUUAGUUUAUGUAAAAAGGAGCACUCUUUCAGAGAGACUAUAUGAGGACUGAAACUCAAAAGUUUAAGAUAUUUUGGUGUUAUUUGCUUCACUUGCAAAAAUUGAUUCAAAAAGUCAAA